AUGGCCAAUCGAGUGAAGCUUUGUUUGUGCUGUUUAUUGCUUCCGCUGGCGGUGCAACAUGGAGGUCAGGUUCUGUCACCGUUGCCGGUGCGCGUUCUGCCGUAUGACCAGUGUGAGAGGCCAACCGGAUCCAGGAUGGUGCACUUCGUGCGACAUGGCCAAGCGGAGCACAACGUGGCAUUCUCAAAAGGAGGAUCUGGGCCACAACAUGUGGAUUCUAGGCUGACACAGUAUGGCGAGGAACAGGCAGAGGGCAUUGCGCGGACAUUGGAGAAAGAUGCCGACUGGCCCGAUAUCGUCCUAACAUCGCCUUUGAGGCGCUGCUUGAGAACUGCCCUUCUGGCCUUCCGGCCGAAGAUUGGUUGUGUUCUGGCUCUCGAGGAACUGCGCGAGCUGGUUUCAGCAUCGGCGCACAACUCGCGCCGCCCCGUUGAAGAGCUACAGGAGGAGUUCCCCCAGGUAGAUUUCUCCCGCAUCUCGACGUCUCAUGAUGGAAUAUGGCACCAAGAUAUGGUUCGCGAGUCGAGGGAGUCGUGUGCCAAGCGAGCCCAACGAUUCCUUCGGAGAGUUCAUACAGAGGAGCUGAUUUGCUCUGCGGAAAAGUUGGCGGUUGUGUCACAUUCGGGCUUUCUAUACCUUCUUGCGAAUUAUGGCCACGCCGCUCUUGACGGCAGCGUGGGAGGACAUGGAAGUUUCAAGGGUCCCGGUCCAGUUGGAAGGCCUGGUGCUACUCCGAUCCUGACAUAUCCAAGAGAUGCACCUUUGCUCGAGAGACACUUCCGGACAUGGUGGUCACAAGGCGAGCUGCGCUCGGUGGCUUUACAGCCUACAUGGCCUUCAUCUUGA